CGACCGUCCGAGAGCGCCUGUACGAACGGCACGGACGCGAAUGAGAACGCGACGCGUUUGCCGCCACGAGAGAUCGCGAAGAGAACCGCAGUCGCGCGUCGGACAGCGUUUCCUCAGCUGCCUGCGAACCGAACCCGAAGGGACCAGUGUGCGCCUUCGAUUUCCAGGAGUUUCACUCUCACUUUUUUUUUUUGGGGGGGGCGGGCGGUGAAUUUCUAUUCCGUCUUGAACUUGGGGACCUUGCCAGCGUCGAUGUGCGCUGUCUGCCGGCACUGACAUUUUGUUGAUUACCCAGAGACUGUGUUUCUAUAAGCAACCGGUAAGCUUACAUUUCCUACGACUUUAUGUCUACAAAGAUGGAGCAACCUUUUUAUCAUGACGACACGUUUCUGUCGCCUUACGGCCACUCAGAUGCAGCAAUGCACGACUACAAACUGCUAAAGCAGAAUAUGAAUUUGAACUUGACAGAGCCCUAUCGCAACCUGAAAUCCCAGCUGAGAGCCGAGACAGACCUUUACCAAGGGGCGCACCAAGACGUGGGUUCGCUGAAGCUCGCAUCCCCCGAGCUUGAGAGGCUCAUCAUUCAGAAUAGUAACGGUGUGAUCACCACUCCCACCCCGGGCCAGUACUUCUACAACAGAGGCAUCACCGAUGAGCAGGAGGGCUUCGCCGAGGGGUUCGUAAAAGCUCUGGACGAGCUGCACAAGAUCAACCAGAUGCCCCCUCCCAAUGUGUCCAUCGGAGCCGGCGGAGUUACGACGUGCUCGGCGGCGGCCUCUAGUGUCUUCGGCUCCUCCCUGCAGCCCGAACCUCCCAUUUACACUACACUGAACGCCUACUGCCCCAACACGAACCUCUCAUCCGCAUCCAGCUACCCCACCGCCACCAUCAGCUAUUUGCCGCCGCACCAGCAAAACCACCAUCAACAGAACGCACAGCAUCCGUUUCAGCAUAGUCUCCCUGCGGGUGGUCUUCAUCCACAGAGGCUGGUCGCUCUGAAAGAAGAGCCUCAAACCGUUCCGGAUCUCCUCAGCAGCGACGGCUCCCCUCCAAUGUCCCCGAUCGACAUGGAGAACCAGGAGAGAAUAAAGGCCGAGCGGAAGAGGCUGAGGAACCGACUUGCAGCCACCAAGUGCCGGCGGCGCAAGCUGGAGCGCAUCGCUCGGUUGGAGGAGAAGGUGAAAGUGUUGAAGACCGACAACGCGGGCCUGUCCAACACGGCGUCAGUGCUACGGGAUCAAGUUGCCCAACUCAAACAGAAAGUCCUGACACAUGUCAGCAGCGGCUGUCAACUGAUGCUCACAAGCAAGAUGGAGGCAUUCUAGGACGGGAGACAAAUGCCUUAGAAGUAAUAACACUGGAGUUAUGUUCUACAUGAGCAGCACUGGAAUACAGGCUUAUGUUGCUGUUGCUGUUAACAAUGGCAGCAAUACAGGGCCGUGAGCCAUAUGUAGACAACUCUUAGGCUGUUUAGGGUGAAACAGACCGUAUGAAAUGGUACUUUCGGAUGCUGGUCACCGCUCAAAGGACCAUUCAGCCCUCAUAAGACCAAGUCAGCAUCUUCAGACUGAACAGAGACAUUGACCAACACGCCAGACACAGCUCAAGAAGUCUGGUUUAAUAACUGCAUAAAAUGGGAGUCAUUACUGUUUUCCUUUGUACCUUUGCAACCGAUGUUAUUGUCAUGCAAUGCUGCAUUUAUUCAAUGUGUAAGUUAUUUGGUUUGUCAGGUUGAUCCCGACAGGCUUUUACCAUGUCAUAUGUUUACAAUGUCUUUUUAUUUGUGAUGUGUAUUUAAGUAAAGUGUGUUGAAAAAUCAA